UCCACCCACUUCCAUUCACAAUCAAAUAAUUGGAAAUGUGACUCUGAUAAUUAAAAAAGAAGUAGAAAAUAAACAAAAACAGCUGGUUAUAAAAGUUUUAAAACAAUACAAGUUAAAUUCUCCGCAAGAACUCUUUCCAAAAAUGAAAGUGGUACAUUAUACUCCCGCGAAGGAAGAGCUACUGCCAACUCGUAAAAUUAUGUGCACUUAUCCGAACUGCGAUUCCACCUUCACGAAUGUCGGUAAUCUGGAUAUGCACCUAAAACGCCAUCAUGGCAAACAACCUACCAAAAGCCUUGAUCUAAGUGAAAAAGAAUGCCUUUUUCACUGCCCCCAGUUGGAAUGUACGUACCACGAAGCACAUACUAGUAAAAUGCACUUUAAAACAUUGAAAUACCUACGUCAGCACUAUCAGAAAGUGCAUGUAGCCAAAACCAAUAUCUGCAAUCAGUGUGGCAAAGCUUUUAUCAGCAGCAGUCAGCUGAAAGUGCAUAUGGAAAGGAUGUGUGGAGUUAAAUAUACUUGCAGAGAGUGUGGUUGGGUAUAUAGUUCCAUGGAAGCAUUACAGACUCACGGAAAACGGAAAGAGCAUAAGGUACGGGAUGACCGAGUAAUCGAAAAGAAAGCUCCAUCGACAAGAAAAAGACAUGCGGCGGAAGUGCGAAACGAAAAUAAUGACCAAGAAACACAAACUGAUGUACCGCCAGCAGCAAAAUGUGUUGGUGAAACCAAUAUUCAGGCAGGAACUAGUAAAACUUGUACGAAAUCUACACAUGAUAAAAAUGUUUCGACGGAUACACAACCACUGAAUGAUAUAGCAGAGCCAAGAAAUAUAGAAACUCAAACCGAAAAUCAAAUGAUAAGAUCAUUACGCCAAACUACCUUCAACACCUCAACUCCUACAAUGCAUUCCUCGUUGGCAACUUCACAAUUGCUUCCUCCCUCAACCCAUACGUACACUCAAACAUACGACGAUCUUUUCGCAGAUUCUUUGCUAGGUUUGACGGACAUACAAACGCAAACCAAUUGGUCCAGCUUCACUGAUGCUGCAGCAACGGCUGAAGAGUUUUCUUCACAUGCAUAUAAUACAUCUAGUGCAGGCACAUGCACACGAUGCGCCUAUGAUGAGCUGCUGGUUUCUACAGAAACUCAAACUAGUUUUACGCAGUGUUUGCUGGAAUCACGCACUACUACCGGCGAUAGUGAAGAUGGUACAUUUAGCAAUCUAUAUCAAACACAGCAAACACAAACAUGUGACAUGUUACUUGGCGCACUCUUUGGUGCACAGGAGAGUGAUCUACUUAGUGGUUAUCACUCAACGUAUACGCAAACAUGAUGGUUCGAUUUGGAUUUACACACAAUUGAUGGGGAAGAGGAUGAAAGAGGUAACAAUUUGGGUGAUUAGGAAGCAUAAGCGGUGGGAUUUGGAUUGAAUCGCCAUACAACUGUUAUAUACCCGAUAGGGGCGUUAAUGAUAUGCGUAAGCAUACAAAUUAGGCAUGUAAGUUUAGUACUACAUACGGAAAGAAAAUACUAAAAAAGAUUAUUGUAUAAUGAUGUCACAAAAUAGUACGUAAAGUAGUGCACAUUCUAUGCCCACAUACAUAUGUAUAUACGCACAUGCACACAUUUAGUUGGAAAAAUAAAUUUAUUAUUUAUUUAUUUAUUUAUAAAAGGCUUGCAUAACAAAGUAAAAGUCUGUUCUGCCUGUUCCAAGUUAGAUAAGGAAGCAAAGCGAAUGGGUCUGGUGGUAAACGAGGACAAGACGAAGUAUCUCCUGUUAUCAA